CUGUCAAAUGUCAAAAACAACAGAGAAAACUGUCAUGGCGUGUCAAUUGAAUUAUUGAAUCAAAGGAAAAAUAAGGAAUGUGUAUUUACUUUAAUGAAAGUGGUCCAGUCAAAGUAGGAUUUUUUCUAUAGCCUUUUAAGUUACUAUAAUUUAAUGUUCAGUUCAAGAGCACACUUACAAAAACGUACCCCAAAAGAUGGUACUGAUCGCGAGGCAUAUUUGUCAUUAUUAGUCGACGAAUAUUUACACUCAAGUUCCUAUGAAGCAAAGUUGCAAGUUUUAGCCAAUUUGGCAAAUUUUGCAUAUGAUCCUGUGAACUACUCAUACAUUAGAGACGUUGGAGUACUAGAUAUAUUCUUGUAUGUGCUGAAGAAUGAAACUAUUGGUAGAUUAAUAAGGUAUGCCAUUGCGGGUGUCUGCAAUUUGUGUUUAGAUCCACUGAAUGCAGACUAUAUUUUAACUCACUUGGGAUUAAAACCUUUGUUUCGAUUAUUGAAGUCAAGUGAUACAGACACUGUAGCUGAUACAAUAACGACAUUGAUAUAUAUGUACAAUGAGAAAACAAAAACUGAAAUAACUGAUCAAGACGUUAUAAAUAUGAUGUCAAAUUUGAAAACUACGCAGGAUUUGAGGAUCGUCAAUUUAGCUACAGUUUUUCUACAAAAUGUGUGUAAGACCACCUGAAUAGUUACAUAAACGAACUUCAUAAUGAACAAGAUGCUCUCGAAUAGAUUCCCCUAUAUUAUUGUGAACAAUAAAAAUUAUCAAAAAAUAUGCAAGAUUCAUACCACAUCCUUCAGCAACACAGCUUUUAAAGCUGGUGAUAAAAUUAGAAUUCAAAAAACAUUAACACAGAAAGAUUUGGAUGCAUUUUCAAAUUUGACUGGGGAUCAUAAUUAUCUCCAUCAGAACAGCGGAAACGUAAGGCCAAUUGUACAUGGAGCAUUACUGAAUGGCUUAGUGGCCGGACUCAUUGGUACACAUUUACCAGGACCCGGCACAGUACUUGUAUCGCAAACAAUGAAAUUCCCAAACAAAUGUUUUGUUGGAGAAAAACUUACGAUAAGCGUCGAACUUGUUGAUGUCAGAAAAAUACUCAAAGUGAAAUUUUUUUGUAUUGUGGAAGAAGAAAAGAAAGUUGUAUUUGAAGGCGAAGCUAAAUUAAUUUUAGCUAAAGACUCUUAAAUUUUUUAUUCGUAAAAUACAUUAUAUUGAUAAGAUUUAGAAUAUUGAAGUAUUUAUUGUGUAUAAAAUGGUAAUGUUAUUACUGCAGUGUCACAUUAUGUACCUUCUAAGGGAUUGCGUGAUAGAUCCAUCACAUGUGCCAAUUAUUAAAGUCCAUAAAGUAUUACAAAGUACAAUUAGUUUAUAAAUAGAUCUAUGGUACUUUUAAUGUUUUUCUUAUUAACUAAUUGUGUGUAAUAUUAAAUUCUGUCCAAUUUACUGUCCAGUGAUAAAAUAUUGAACAAUAUUUGUUUAAAAAAAUUUUGAAGACUGAUUAAUUGUCUAUUUUGAUUCAAAUUUUUAAUUGUGGGUUUUCAUUCUCUUAAAAUUCCACUGUUUUAUUGUGAAUGAUACGCCUUGAUAAAAUAAUAUAAAAUAAAUUUUUUCGUUAAAUAAUUUUCUAGUUUUAAGUACAAAUGAGUUAAUAAGUUUUAGAUGAAUCUGUUCUACUUAUUACCCAGAGGAAUUAUGUCUGAAUCUCAAUUGGUCCCAUUAUUGUGUCUGAGACAUAGCGCUCACGGCUUGCCUAUUAGAAAUGUUAAAUUGUCACUAGCCAAUGGUUUCAUAUAAACUGGUGGUAAAUGUCUUAGCUUAAAAAUAUUAUUUGAUAGAUAAGAUAUAGGUAGUAUAUGGAAAAGGCAAAUAGUUCGUAGCUUAAUAGUUGAAACAUUUCUAGGACAGUUAUGCGGUUAUGCAGUGGUCGAUCCUGGAUAUUUUCUAUGUAUUUAGUAUCUAAAGUGUUUACGGUUUCUGGGAUAGAAAUUCUCAAAAUGUAUUUGUCAUUGCUGAUUAGGUGUAGGCCUAGCUCUGUACAGUUGUGUAAAAUUCCGCUUAAAGGGCUGAGGUAGCUGGUAUUCAUAUUUGCAGUACUGCGGAGACCGGCGUCGUUGGUCGUCGACUAUCGCCUCGACGACCCGUCGGUCAGGCGCCCUAGGGGUGGCGUCGCGAGUCUGGUUGUAAUGUUGACCGCUGGAACCCGUCUACUCUGACCGAGUUCUGACCCCAGACUGAGAUCGGACGUCGGGUGUAAGAGUGCAGGGGAGUCAAUUAGUGUGGAAGGGCCCUAAAAAAUCCUUGGGCCCGCGGUCUGCUCCCAACAUUUGCAAAUCGUCAACAAGUCCCAAACACCCUGCGUGCCCCCUAGGCGCGGGGACCUUGUAGAAGGUUCGGUAGCUGGCCCGGAAAAAAAAAACCGGUAUCUAUUCAUAUAUGAUUAAGACUACAACUUCAGGUGCCGUGGGGUGAUCUGUUAGACGGUAUACAAAAAAAAGUAAUACAGUCAAAACCGUUUACUGCGACAUCGUUUAAUACAACAUGCCGGUUAUAAUAACCAAGAACAAAGGUCCCGGCUGAAUGCCAUAUGACCGCCUUAUUAAAAAUAUUGCUUUCUACGACAUUGGUAAUAACGACAUACCUCAUAAAACGACCACAUUUAACUAAUAUUUCGGAGAAUUAGAUCUGUUAGAACGACCGGCUAAGCUGUAUUGUAAACAAUUUGAAUAGGCAUCCACAUUUGUCUUCGAUGGCUUUUAAAAUCAGGAAAGAAAACAAUAGGAUUUAGUUUAGUGUAGGGUCUUUUCUAAUUCUUAGAAACAAAACACGUGCAUGCGGUAGUCAAAGCCCGCUUCUUCAUAUCUCUUCAGUUAGUUUGUUACUUAUCUAUACACAAGACGCACCAAAACUUUGUGGAGUUAUUCGUGAAACUUUCAAAAUGUCGCAAAGAAAAAGAAAACAAAUUAAUAUUGAAGAAAAAUCGCGUAUUAUGUAAAUAUAUUUUUCCAAUAAUUCCCUAUCGAUUUGUUUGUACUUGCGCGAUACACAUUAAACAUCACCGGUUGUUACGACUAUCGGUUUUUACGACUGAAUAUGAGCAGUCCCUUCGAUGUCGUUAUAACAGAUUUUGACUGUACUUGGAAUGUCCUCUAAUUUUUGUGGUUACCAUAGAAGCCAUAGUCAUUCUAAUCUGAAUGCAGCCACUCUCCAUGACACAAGAUCAACUGUCUCAAUUAUAUAACGUUUGUCUCAUCCCUUCAAAUUAGAACACGUGACUGCGUGGCGGCAGAUAUAUGCUGGGCGGUGGUUGCUAACCGCGUGGACUCUCAGUAGAACCUAAAAUAAGAUAAAAUUUAGUGAAACUAAAUUAUUUUCUAAAGAAAUGGUUGUCACAUUUGCUAGUUUGUUGCUUGUUAAAUUGUUUUGUUAUAUUUCAUUGUUAUGUUCUCUUACGAGAAAGUAUUUGAGAUUGUGAUUGUUUUGUUUUGAUGUAUCUUUUCGAUGUACAAUAACAGUCCCAAUAAUAAGCGUAGGUUUUUAUUAUUAAACUUUACUGUCUCUU